AUGGAAGAACUUGAAUAAUACUAUUAAGUCAUCAAAGUCUUAGGAGCUGGGGGUUUUGGGAAGGUAGUUGAAGCUGUAUACAAAGAUGGGGGAAAGGAACAUGUGGCUGUGAAAGUAAUAUCAUAGUCGUAAUUUUUAAUUAGAUUCUUCCCAAAAAAGAUUAUAAGGUAGCCCAGAUCUUGUCGGAGGCCCAAAUCCUUGCGAAGAUGAAUCAUCCCAAUAUAGUUCAAUUUAAGGGUGUUAGAGAAACAGAAAGCAAGCUGCUAAUAGAAAUGGCUCUUAUCAAAUAAGGUCCGUUGAAAGUGCGCAAAUAUACAUAAUAAGAAGCGAGAAUCAUUAUGACCAGUAUUUUCAAAGCAGUUUAAUUUAUUCAUGAACAUGGAGUGGUACAUCGAGAUCUCAAGCCUGAGGUAACUAUAAUUGAAUUAAGAUAAGAGAAUAUACUAGUAGAAGACUCUAACGAUUUCAGUACACUAAAGAUUGUCGAUUUUGGAUUAUCGGCCGGACAAAUUGUAUUGCAUGGACAAUGUGGGACCCUUAUUUAUAUGGCUCCAGAGCUAUUUAGUUAGCGUGUAUACUCUAAGCCAAUAGAUAUUUGGAGUUGUGGAAUUAUACUUUACUAAAUGCUAACAGGGAAACACCCUUUGUAUAAAGGAGGAGAGCAUUCUCACGAUUAUAAGAAGAAACUACUAGAUCCUAAGUGGGAUUUCCCUGAAGAUUUCGAUCCAAUGGCAAAGCAUCUAUUUUUGAAAUGCGUUUCGAUGGAUCCUAUUCAUAGAUAUAGUGCAAACUAAAUCUUGCAGCAUCCUUGGAUAACUAAUUCCAAAACAGAUCCAAUCCCAUUAACUCUACCAGAAAUGUACCGAGCAUUCACUGCAAGAGAGUAGAUUCUCCAGAAAAUCAAAACUAUUAUGCUUCUAGUUUCAAUGAAAGGAUUGAAAGUAGAUACUACGUAAAUACAACAUAAUAUAUGAAUCUUAGGUAUUUGAUGAAGCAAUCCUAAAAGUUGUAGACUAACACUUCAAAUUUACUAGAUAAAGAUUAUAUAAAGGAGAUGCUUAGAGAACACUAAGCAUUAAAAGAAAACCAAAAUAUUCCACCGAUUAAAUAGUAAUUGAGAUACGAGAAGAUAUUAUAGGUAUUGAUUGUUUCUUAUUCUUAAGAGAAUCCAAGAAAAUGGAGUGAAAGAACCUGAAGAAAAAUGUAUAACCAAGAAUUCUCAACAUAUGCACACCAAUGAAAAUAGUCAACCUUCUUCCUCUCAAAAAUCUUUGAACAUCAGCGUUAUUCAUCAUGAUUCAAAUAAUAAAGAUCAACUUUAUAUUUAAACUGGAAACAAACAUCAUUUUAAGAAGAGACUAUUCAAGAAAACUCAUCAAAGUGAUAAAAAGAGAUUAUCAAAUCCUUUUGAAAUACCAGCACUUCGUUCCAGAUCAACUACAGCUAAUCAUAAAACUGAAUUGAAGUAGGUCUAACCAUAACACUUUGAAUCUCCAAAAAAACCGAUCUCUAUGGUUAGGCCCUUUAAACAACAGUUUAAUACUUAACAACAAUAAUAACAAAGUCAAUCUCCAAUCAGAAAACCUCCAGAUAUCAAAAAUAGGAGCAACAGUUCUACUAAAAAGUUAAGUAUGGUAGAGUAGGAGUGUGUGGAUGCUUACCGCUUUGAUCAAGAAAGUAUUUUAGAUUGCUUAUCAUCUCAUAGAAGUUGUACAUAGUAUGUUCAUGCCGAGAGUGUUUAAUAAAAAGAUACUGCCCUUUUCAAGAAAUUUUUAACAAAGACUUCCUGUUCAACCCCAAAGUUUAGAGUUGAACAUACUUAAACCACCACUACCCAAAAAACUUAUCUGA